CAGGAGCAUCCCGGCUCCCGGGGACCCCCCGGCCGCCCCCCGCCGCCCCCCGGCCCCGCUUCACCCCCGGCGGCCGCAGCAGAGGUGAGUGGGGGCAACGGGCGGCACAAAGGGCCGCUCCCCGCCCCGCCGGCCCCGACCCCCGCCCGCGGCUGCGGCACAGCUGAGACCACCCGGCCCUCUCCCGGGCCUGCGCGGGUGCCCCCCGGGCUGCCCCCCGUUAAUAGCCCUCCCGUUAACACCCCUCCCGUUAAUACCCCUCCGUUAAUGCCCCCGCGUCAUUGCCCACCCCCCUCCCCGCUAUCGCCCCCCAUUACUCCAUCUCCAUUAUCCCUCCCCCCUUUUCCCAGCCGGGGCUCGGUGGCCGUGCCGGGGGGCUGCGGAAUGCCCGGGGACCCCCACGGUCGGCUCGGCUCUGCGGGCGGCACACCCCCUCUCCACGCCCUCCGCAGCAGCCUCGCUGCCUGUCGCGGCGGUGGCUGCCUGUCGCGAUAGCCGAGCCUCCACCCUACUUGUUGUCCCAGCUGGGAGUCUCCUGGGGGCCGCGGGGACCACCCCUGUCUCGACCCAGCUCACCCCUGGGGAUGCCCUGGGGGAGUCCCGGGGACGGCAGCCCCCGGGUACCGGCAGCUUCCCCUCGCAGGGCAGAGGCACAGCCCAGCAGGACCCCGGUGCCAGCCCCAGGACCAUGAUCCCUGCCAAGGAGAAGACCAGGGCUCCCAAGGACAGCAUGACGCUCCUGCCCUGCUUCUACUUCGUGGAGCUGCCCAUCGUGGCCUCCUCCGUCGUGACCCUCUACUUCUUGGAGCUGACAGACCUCUUCAAGCCAGCCAAGGUGGGCUUCCAGUGCUACGACCGGGCUCUCUCCAUGCCCUACGUGGAGACCAACGAGGAGCUCAUCCCGCUGCUCAUGCUGCUCAGCUUGGCCUUCGCCGCGCCCGCCGCCUCCAUCAUGGUUGGGGAGGGCAUCGUGUACUGCCUGCAGUCCCGGCUGAAGGGCCGCGCCGGUGCCGAGGGCAGCAUCAACGCCGGCGGCUGCAACUUCAACUCCUUCCUGCGCCGCACCGUGAGGUUUGUGGGUGUCCACGUGUUCGGGCUGUGUGCGACAGCCCUGGUGACAGACGUCAUCCAGCUGGCCACUGGCUACCAUGCUCCCUUCUUCCUGACCGUCUGCAAGCCCAACUACACCCUGCUGGGCACCCCCUGUGAUGCCAACCCCUACAUCACUCAGGACAUCUGCUCGGGCACGGACAAGCACGCCAUCCUCUCUGCCAGGAAGACUUUCCCCUCCCAGCACGCGACGCUCUCGGCUUUUGCUGCUGUCUACGUGUCGAUGUAUUUCAACUCCAUCAUCUCGGACAGCACCAAACUCCUCAAGCCCAUCCUGGUCUUCACCUUCGCCAUCGCCGCCGGCAUCUGCGGCCUCACCCAGAUCACCCAGUACCGCAGCCACCCCGCCGACGUCUACGUGGGCUUCCUGAUCGGCUCCGGCAUCGCCACCUACCUGGCUUACCACGCCGUCGGCAACUUCCGCGCCCCGACCGAGAAGGCGGCGGCGGCGGCGCCGGCCAAGGACGCGCUGCGGGCGCUGACCCAGAGGGGCCACGACUCCGUCUACCACCAGAACAAGUCGGUGAGCACGGACGAGCUGAACCCGCAGACACGGCUGGAGGAGGCGGCGCGGCCGGUGCCGCGCGAGAAGAACUCUCUGGGCAGCCUGAAACGGGCCAGCGUGGACGUGGACCUGCUGGCCCCACGCAGCCCCAUGGCCAAGGAGAACAUGGUGACCUUCAGCAACACCCUCCCCCGCGUCAACACGCCGUCCAUGGACGACCCCGCCAGGCGCCACAUGACCAUCCACGUGCCCGUGGACGCGUCCCGCUCCAAGCAGCUCAUCAGCGAGUGGAAGCAGAAGUCUCUGGAGGGCCGCGGCAUGACGCUGGCGGAGGAGGCGGCUGGCGGCGGCCGCGGCGCCGGGGACGGCCCUGAUGAUGUCCCCCCGUCGCUGUACCCCACGGUGCAGGCGCGCUCGGCCGAGCGGGCGGCCGUGGGGCCCCGCGUGCUCAUCCAGCCGCGGCCGGGCGCCUCGCAGCUGGUUCACAUCCCCGAGGAGAGCCAGGCGGGCGGCGGCGCGGCGGCGGGCGGCGGCGCGGCCGUGAGGGCCAAGUGGGUGAUGGUGGCGGAGAAAGGGGGAGCGCAGAGGGUGGCCAACCCGCCCCGGCUCAUGCAGGUCAUCGCCAUGUCCAAGCAGCAGAGCGUGGUGGCCGUCACCCCCAAGCACUCGGAAACCGCCUCGUCCUCCUCCACCAGCUCGGAUUCCUCCCAGUACCGCUCGCCCUCGGAGCGGGACGGCUCCGGCAUCAUCACCAUCGACGCCCACGCCCCUCACCACCCCGUCGUUCACCUCUCUGCCGGCAACGGGCCCUGGGAGUGGAAAGCGGGGCCGAAGGGGCCGGAGGGGUCGGACGCCUACGAGCUGGGCGAGGUGGGGAAGGAUUUCCGCGUGUUCCACCCGGCCAAAAGCGCCGGCGUGUCGCCCGGCUCCUCCGUCAGCGACGUGGAGCAGGACGAGCCGCGCUACGGCAGCCUGGCCGCCAUCCCCGGCGCCGCGGCGGGGGCUGUGGAGCGAGGGGAGGCGCCCCCCGAGGGGCUGCUGGCCACGGCCAGCCGCGAGUCCACGCUGCGCAGGAAGCCGGCCGACAGGGACGGGCAGGGGGACGGCGAGGUGGAGCACUACUACAGGAAAAUGCAAGCUGGAAGGAGGUUUAAGGAUUGAGCCCCUCUGGUGCUUUUCCCUGUGCUCCUGCCCCGGCUCGGGGUGGGGGGCUCGGGGCUGUGACACCA